GUCAGAGUUCCAGCUCAUCCUAAAGCUGUUCACAGGGAGUUGAGGUCAGGGCUCUGUGAGGCCACUCGAGAACUUCCUCACCAACUUUGGCAAACGGAGCUUUGUGCACAGGGGCACUGUCAUGCUGGAACAGGUUUGAGCCUCUUAAUUCCAGGAGAGACAUGGCAGAGGUGUGUGUGGAAGAGGGAGAGGAGGUGCUCCAGCCCCUCACUGUCACUGUAGGAGCUACUGUUCCUACAGGCUUUGAAUACACUGCAGCUGAGGAGGUGCAGGAGAAAAUAGGAGCCAGUGCCAGAGUUAGCAAAGACCGAGGUAGAAUUUAUUUCGAAAUAACUACGGAUCAACUGCAUAAGGUGCACCAUUUAAAGUCUGUGGACAAUCUGUUUGUUGUGGUUAAACAUUAUGACAAUUAUCAGUUCAAAGAAACAAAGGAAGAAGCUUUAUUAGACCUGCAGCAGCUUGCUCCUGUGUUGCCCUGGAACAGUGCCUUGGAGGUCUGGAAAAUGAACAACUCUCUGAAGAAGAAGAGGAGCCGCAGGAGAGGAGCUGCGACUCCUAAACCGAAGCCUAGCGAUGCAUCCGAACCUGAGAAACCCCAAACUGAGCCUGAUGCAGCACAGCUAAAAGAGAAGCCUGGAAAUGCCUGUCCUGAGCAGGAGCCCAGUCCUGAAGGAGAGCAGGACUCCGAUGUUCAGGAGACAGAGGCUAAGCCUUUAAAAUUCCGUGUGACUUGUAAUAGAGCCGGAGACAAGCACAGCUUCACUUCAAAUGACGCAGCGAGGGACUUUGGUGGUGCCGUGCAAGAGUUCUUUCAAUGGAAGGCAGACAUGACCAGGUUUGAUGUGGAAGUGCUGUUGAAUAUCCACAACAAUGAGUUGGUGAUUGGCAUUGCUCUUACAGAGGAGAGUCUGCACAGGAGAAACAUUACUCACUUUGGCCCCACCACUCUGCGCUCCACCCUGGCUUAUGGAAUGCUAAGACUUUGCAAACCACAGAUAUCAGAUGUCAUAGUAGACCCCAUGUGUGGCAGUGGAGCCAUACCUUUAGAGGGAGUCAUCGAGUGGUCACAUUCAUUCUUCCUCUCUGGAGACAACAAUGACAUGGCCAUCAGUCGAACAGUUAAUAACAUCAACCACAUUGUAAAGAAAAAGCAGGAUGGUGGCAGCACUUCUCCAGGUUUAGCUAUAGACACUGCACAGUGGGACUUGUGCCGUUUACCUUUGAGGACUAGUUCUGUGGACAUCAUUACCACUGACAUGCCCUUUGGAAAGAGAAUGGGCUCCAGGAAGAAGAACUGGGAUCUGUAUCCUUCUUGUCUUCGAGAAAUGGCACGGGUCUGCAGGCCAGGCACAGGAAGGGCUGUAUUGCUGACCCAGGACAAAAAAUGCUUCACUAAGGCACUAUCCCGAAUGGGAGGGCUGUGGAGGAAAUCGCACACUGUUUGGGUAAACGUAGGAGGGUUGCAUGCUGGAGUUUUUGUGCUGCGCCGCACCGCAGCAGUUUUUGGUACCACUCCAGAAGAUACAAGAGAGCCUCAUAUGAGAUGUGAGUCUCAAGAGGUCAACAUGGAGGAGAAGGUUCAGUCAGCAAGAUCUGAAUGAGUUAUUGUUCAUGAGUUAUUGAAUGAGAAUGCAUAUGAUACCUGUAAAAGCUUUACCUCAUCACUUUGGUCAUAUUCAGUUAGUUCUGUUAGAGUACAAUGUUCUUUUCACAGAUCAGCAACACGGGAUAUCUUAGAAUGCUUUGUUUGUGGAAAUAUGCAUCUAUAGAAAUUUACAUUACAUGUUGCUCUCAGAAUGAAGUGCCAGUCAAUAAGUUCAAUAAAUGUGGAAUGAUUUCCUUCCAACUUCAAA